UUUAUCAUUUUAGAACUUAAAUUUGACAGUUAAAAAUACGUUUUAAAGAAAUCAUAAAGUUUUGUUCGAUCUUUUAAGAUUUUCUGCUACGACAUGCGUUACAAAGAAAAUUAUUGGAAGAAAAUAAUGUAUUUUUGACCCUGCUCCUACUCGGUAAUAAUUUACCGCCAUUGAAGGAGUAAAGACUUGUUCAAACAUGUCCGAUAUGUCAAGUUACUGGAAAUACGGAGGUUUUGAGGUCAAGCGAUUCGAUGUCUUAGCUUUCUAGAGGAGAUUGUAAUGCCAGGAACUGAGGGGAAAUCCACUGCAAACACAACUGUCUUGUGUAUUGCUGCUCCGGAUCCCAAGAAAUUAUGUCAAGAAUCAGACAUGAAGGCAACUCACAUUACACAAAUCACGGCAACCACAGAUGAAAAUGACUCUGAAACGACSUAUGGAAUGCUAGUUGUCCUUGGUUACAAUGGUAAGAAUCCUAAUGGAGUUCACRCUAGACAAAAGAGCAACUACAUAUUGAAGAAGAGAGUGUAUGCAUCAGGAGUUAAGCCAUUCAGGCAACAUCUAGCAUCUUCUGAUACUGGCAAACAGGUACUUUAUUCCAAUAAAUCCCACAGUGUCUCAUACACUAUAAACAGAGGACAAUCAGURGUUGUUGAAUACUGCAAGGAUGAAAAGACAGAUAUGUUUCAGGUUGGCAGGUCAUCUGACAGUAAAAUAGACUUUGUAGUCCUUGAUACAGUACCAGGACCAAAACAAGCAGGCGCUAUACCUAAUCCACAGAAAAGUACAAUAUCACGGUAUGCUUGUAGGAUUACUGUGGAUAGACAGGAACCUCACACAGCGAGGGUUUUUGCUGCUGGAUUUGAUGGAACAAAUAAUAUUUUUCUAGGAGAAAAAGCAGCAAAAUGGCAGAAUGAUGAUAACAUGCAAAUGGAUGGUCUGACAACUAACGGUAUAUUACACAUGAACCCUAAGGGAAGCCCCAACAGUCCUGCUGGUAUCUGGAGAGAAAUAUCUGUUUGUGGAAAUGUGUACACCUUACGAGAAACUCGGUCAUCUUCUACGAGAGGCAAACCAAUGCCAAAUGAGUCUAAUAUUCUAAUGGAUGGAUCACUGAUUGAUCUGUGUGGGGCUGUUUUGAUGUGGAAAACAUCGCAAGGAAUGAAGCAAAUACCUACUGAAGGAAUGAUUGAUGCCAUGAGACGAAGACUCAAUGCAAUGAGACCRCAGUGUCCAGUUGGCCUGACAACUCUUGUUUUCCCAACAUCUUCUUCAUGUACUGAGGUAUAUGAUACACUCAGUAGGCGGCCACAUGUAUAUAUUAAAUGUGGUCAUGUACAUGGAUUGCAUGACUGGAAUAGUCCAGAUCAACCAAGAACAGACCACAAGAACAGAACCUGCCCUAUAUGUCUUCAGGUAAGCGACUAUGUUCCAUUACAAAUAGGACAUGAGAGAGCUUUCUAUGAAGGAGAAAUUUUACCAACACAUGCAUUUGUGCCUUGUGGUCAUGUAUGUCCAGAGGCAACUGUAAGAUCCUGGUCACAAAUACCAAUACCACAUGGAUGUGAUGCAUUUCAAGCUAUUUGUCCAUUUUGUGCCUUACCUCUUGAAGGUGAAGAUGGUUUUGUGAAGCUUAUCUUUAGCACAGAACAAUGAUGAACUAUUGAGCUGGAUUGCUGAAUAAACCAGUCAAAAAGAAAUUAGUGCAGAACAUUGCAGACUCUUGAGGUCUUCACUGGCGAGUAUGUGAUAUAGAGGAGUCAGUGGUGUAAAUGCAUUGAGGUCAUCAAAAUUAAUGUACAAAGAAUUACUGAAAUUUAAAUGCCAGAGCUUAAAAGGCUUCCCAUAAARUAGAGUUGUCUAAUAUAAUUUAGUAUAAACAUACUUCUAAUGGUCUAUCACUCAUACUGCACUGUAAUUGGCUACUCUACUAAUGGUCUAA